AUGAAUAGUAAGCAAACAAAAGGGAUUUAAGAUUAAUCUAGUUAGCAGCAAUCAUAGUCUUCAGCUCCGAAGUUAAGCAAGGCAUAAAAAAGGAUAAAGCAAAAAUAAGAGGAGUUCAGGGCUAGGCUAGAGAAAAAUCGGCCAUAGCCUAUUGAUACACUUCAUCAAUUAAAUGAAGCUCUAAAUGUAGAAAUUGAGAAACUGCGUUCAAUAUAUAUGGAAAAUAUGAUUGGCUUACCACCUGAACAUGGAUAUUAUAGAUCUUUCUAGAUCAAUCUUUUUCCUUAACAAUUAAAGCUGAAGUAUUAAGAUGAAAACGCCUCUGAUUAAGCAGAGUUUUAUUUAUUUUUAAUUUUUAAUAUACCCAGAGAAUAUCCUGAUUAAAUGCCAAAAGUUUCAGUUAAAUCUUUCAAGGGAUUUGCAAAAUAAGAUGAACAAUUACUUUAAGAAAAGCUCUUUGAUUAUGCAUUAAAAAAUUCAGGAAAAGAAAUGCUUUUUGAUUUGAUUUUAUAAUCUAGAGACUAUGUAGAGUCAGCGUAUAAGUAUUUUAGUAAUAUGAAAAAUGAGGACAUAAAGUAACUUCAAUUGAUAGAAAGAAAAGAAAAAGAAGAACUUGAAGAGCGGUAAAAGAAGAAGAAAGAGUUGGAAGAGAAGCAAGCGUUAAAAAUGCUCUAAUAAGAAAAACAAAGAGAGAAUAUAUUAAGAAUGAAUGAAAAUGAUGAGUAAAAGCUGAGAAUGUAGUGGUUAAAUGAAAGGGAUAAGAUUAUACAAAAUGUAUAACAGGAAGGGAGAGAUCAUUCGAAUAGUAUUUAAUCAUAGAAUCAAAGUAGUAAUUAAAGUAAUAACAGCGAACGUUAGUUUAAUAGCAAAGAAAAAUAUAUUUUAGAUUAUUAUGAAAAUCAGUGCGAUGUUUAAGAUGUUUUAAUUAUGAAUUUGAUUGAUUUAGUUGUCAAAUUACUAAAUUUAGACUAAAAUUCUAUUAAAAACCUUACUAGUGCAUUGAAUAAUUAUCCAAAUUUAUUUUAAGAUGAUAUGACGAAAGUUAUUAGAUAGUAAUACAAUUAUGUAUUCAGUACUAUUACUAAAAAUACAUUGAAAGCUUUUCAUAAGUAAGCUGUUAAAAAUAUUUCAAACUACUCUUAAACUGUCUAAGACCUGAUUCAUUGUAUAUCAGGAAAUUAAGAUAGGCAAGAAAGUUUGCUCAAUAGGGUUUAGUAAAAUCUUGUAUUAACUAAACAGCAAAGUUCUUAUAGUUAGUGUUCUUGCCAAGGUCAAAAGAUAAAUAAUUCUUAAAUAAAAAAAUCGUAAUCUAAAAAUAAUAUAAGUAGUAAUUAUGAGAUAGUGAUGAAUGGCUUUAGUGAAAUAAACAAUAUUAAAAACAAUCUAAGUGCAAGUUCAGGAUCAGCAGGAGGCAAUUAGACUUCCUCACCUAAAGAUAGCAAUUAGUAAGAAAUGUAAAAAAAAAAGUUGAGAUUAAACAAUUCAGAUAAUGGUGAAAAAAGGCUUAGUGAUUCUGCAGAUAGUUUGUAAAGUGAUCAUCAAAUUUAAACAUAAGAUAAAAAGAAUAAUUUGUUAAGUUUCGAACCAGCUAACACAGAGAAAAGUAGGUAUCUGACUGAUUUCGAAGAAAUUCAAGUUCUAGGAUAAGGUGCUUUUGGUUAAGUAGUUAAAGUUCGCAACAAGCUUGAUGGUAGGUAUUAUGCAAUAAAAAAAAUUAAAAUAAGAAAAGGAUAAAAUAUUGAAAAGCUUAUGAGAGAAGUUACUCUUCUGUCCAGGCUUCACCACAGGCAUGUUUUAAGGUAUUAUUAGGCUUGGUUAGAAGAAUCAAACUAGAGUGAGGAAGAAGAAAGUAUGGGAUCUUAGAUGAGUGAUUAAGAUGAUGACAAUGGCGAGCUUAGUGAUGAUAGAUAUAGAUAUCGAAGCAACAAUUUUUCAUCUCGAUAUUAAGACAAUAAUUCAUCUUAUUACGAUUUAUCUUCAUUAAGAAAUUCUUAAGAUAGCUCUGUUAGAGAAUAAUCAGGGAAAAAUUAAGAAAAUUAGAAAUAUCCUGUUACAAACUUUAAGUUGAUGAUUUUAUUUAUUUAGCUAGAAUAUUGUCCAUCUACCUUGAGCCAUUAAAUAAAAGAAUUAAAAUUCUAGCAGGAUACUGUGUAAAUAUGGUAAUAUUUUAGGCAAAUUCUUGAAGGAUUAAACUAUAUUCAUUCACAAAAUACAAUACACAGAGAUUUAAAACCUGAAAAUAUAUUUAUUGAUUGCCUAGGAGAUAUCAAAAUAGGUGAUUUUGGACUUGCAAAAAGCUAAAAGUAAAAUGUGUUUUCAAAAUAUCAAUAUGUUAUAGAAAAAGAAGAAAAUGAACUUUUUAACUAGCUUGUGAAUAAAUAGUAUCUCACAGAAAAAGAGUUGGAAGCAAUUGAUUAAACAUUAAAUGUAGGUACUUACUUCUACAGACCACCUGCAAGCUAAAGUAUGCAUGAAGAAAGGGCAGAUAUUUAUGCCCUAGGGAUAAUUUUUUUUGAAAUGUGGUUCUACUUUUAGAGCAAGUACCAAAGAUUUAAAGUAUUAACUAUUCUAAGAAACAAUAACCUUUUUCCUGAUUAGUUUGAACAAUUCCACCCUAAAUAAGCAAAACUUAUAGCAUGGAUGCUUAAUUUCUCAUCUCAAAAAUGCUAAAAAGUUAUGGAAAUUAUGUAGUCAGACUUAAUACCUCCAAAAAUAGAGGAUGACUAUAUUGUUGAUGCAAUAAAAGCAUUGAAUAAUCCGUCAGGUCCAGUUUUUAAAUAAAUUCUAGAAGCUCUUUUUAAAGGUGGACACAAAGUAAAUGAAAUAUCUAAUAUUCAACAUUUCACCUCACACACAGGGCAAUUAGAGAGUUAAUUUAAUAACUACUUCAUUUCUAAAAUUUAUAGUUUCUUUGAGCAUAAAGGAGUACUUAACUACGAAUCUCCUCUCAAUGUUCCUCCUCCUACUGUUUAACUUAAAGACGAUGUCAACAUUGAGAUUGAAAAAAAUAAAUUUUCUAAUAACCCAACACUAAUGACAAAAGAUGGAAAUAUAAUCUAUUUAAGAUAAACAUUAAGAGAAAGUUUCAAAAAGCACUUAAGGAAAGUUAAUAAAAUAUUCCUUAGCAAUUAAGUUUUCAAGAGAUAUGAAUUAGGAUAGGCUUUUAGAUAUUAGCAAAAUAGAGAAAUAAAGAAAGAGUCUCUAGUUGAUUAUGACUGUGUUAAUUUGAUAGAAGAUUUAGAUACAUAUUUCCUAGCUGAAACUAUAAUGUAUGGAGUUGAGUUGAUGGAAGAAAUAGGUCUCUAGGUCGUUAAAAUAAGAAUUAACCAUGUGAACUUUUUAAGGUACUACAUGAUAAAUCAUCUAAAAUUCAAUAAAGAAUAAAUCAGAUCAUUAGAAGAAUUUUUGAUAUCAGCUUAUACAAAUCAGAAAGAUAUUAAAAAGAGACUAAUAAAUGAUUUUUAAAUUGGUGAUAAAGAUGCUGAUAAAUUACUUUAAUUGUUAAUGUUAAGAGGAUCUUAGCAAGGGAUAAAAUAGCAGAUUUUGCAUAACCUUCCUAAUUGCAAAGACUUGGUCUUAAAAAUUGAAGACAUAGAAUAAGAGUUUUCCAACCAGUAUGUCAAUAGUAAAAUGUUUAAAGGUGAGGGUUAUUAUAAAGUUCCUGAGAUUAUUAUUGAUAUAAGCUUGAGUGGAAAAGAAUUAGGAUUUAAAGAAGGAUUUUAUUUUUCAAUUGAAAGUUGCAGUGUUAAAAGCAGCUUCGUAUCUUGCAUUGUAGGUGGAACCUAUCCUAUUAAAAUGAGAAAAUUUUAAAACAUGUGUGAAAUUUCCAUGGAUAAUAGCUUUAAUUAAAUAAAUAUUAAUACAAAUUACUUUUCUUAAUAGAAUUCGCAAUAAAAUUCUACUAACUUAAAUACAAGCUAGAUUUCACAAAAUUUAUAAGUCUUAGAUAUUUCUGAUAUUGCCUCCUAAUCAAGCUAUUCAUCUUCAUCAAGUUUAUCUAAAAAGAAAGUUGUUUCGAAAAAAGGAGAUUGCAUUACAAGAUAAGUUUCUGGAUUUACAUUCCUAAACGAUGUUGUAAAUGAAAUAAUAUAAUCAAAAUUAGACAGAAAAAUAAGCUAAAUACCUUAAAGGUUUUAAUAAUUGCACUUCUUCAAAUAUGAGUGUAUAAUAUGCAGUUUUGGGAAUAUACCUUCUAUCGAAAAAUUGAGAUUCCUAUAGUGCUGCUAAAUAAAUAAAAUACCUGCAAUGCUCUACUGCUAUAAAAACGAGUAAUUUGCAUAGGAAGAGCAAUAAAAUUUUGCUGAUUACCAUGAUAUUCCCUUGGUAGUCUUCAUAGUUGAAAAGAUUUACCAAUAAAAGAAGAAAGCAUUUGUAAAAACUAAGAAAGAAAAGAGUAAAGAAAUGAGCUUGGAGGAUUUCAACUCAUUCCUUUCAAAAAAUCAUAAAAAUAGUAUAAAAAAUUAUUUAUUUUCGAAAUGA